AUGAUGGCUGCCGCUGUUGCUGCCGGGCUGCCUCCCUGCAGGAAAGAGGUCAGUGGCGGCACAGCAAAAGGGCCUGGGGGCACGAGGGAUUCCCCCAUCGCCCAGGGAACGCUGGCAGCGAGCCCGUCUUCCGGCCUGGCUGUCAGUGCCCUUCCCCGGCGGGCUGCUUUCUCCGGCAAGGUGGUGGCAAUCUUUUUUCUCCUGCGCAGCACAUUGCGAAAGUUUGCUUCACAGACCAAUGGUGAAGCCAGGGUGGCUCAAAUCCUUAAAGAGAAAUUCCCUCAAGCUGCAGCUAUCAAAGUGGUGGAUAUAUCAGGUGGCUGUGGAGCAAUGUAUGAAAUUCAUAUAGAAUCUGAAGAGUUUAAGGAAAAGAGAACUGUUCAACAGCACCAAAUGGUCAAUCAGGCUUUAAAUGAAGAGAUUAAAGCAAUGCAUGGGCUACGGAUAUUCACUUCUGUUCCUAAGCACAGAGACUAGAACUGGCGAGUGACGCACAGGAUUUGUGGAAACUGGUGAG